AUGGAACAAGACUUCGGGUGGGAGAGAUAUAGCGAAGACGAAGAAGAAUGCGAAACCUGCGAUGGAGACUACGUAGAAGAAGAGAGUGGGAUAGAGGAAAUGCUCGAGACGACUUUUGGUGGGAGCGGAGGAGGUGAUGAUAAGAGUAAUGGUUGCAAAAAGCGUUCGAGAGAAACACCUAAAGAGAAGGACUACAUAAAGCUGGAUGACGCGGAGGAAGACGAGGACGACGACGAAGACGACGAUAUGGACUAUUAUCGUCAAGAGCUGAAGAAAAACGGAAAAGCGAGAAGGACGAAACAGCGGCAACGUAAUGCGGCGCAACAGAUGAGGAAACCUGCGAAUAGGACAUUCGCCGCCGGGAACGAGUAUUUCGUACGGAGCGUGUUGCGAUGGGAAGCGAAGACGCUAAGGAAAGGAGAAGACGUUGGUAGUAGUUCGGGGAAGGGAUGUGGGAGUAGUAAAACAUCGAUGCAGCAACAUUUGUUACCGCUGGAAGAGGCCCCUGUGAGGUAUGCGAAUAUGGAUGAGUUCUUUCACGCGCAAAUCGAGGUUGCGUUUGCCGAGGCGAAGGCGAUAAUCAGGCAAGGAUUGAAAAAAGACUCGACGAAGAGGGAAACGUGCAAUGUAAAGGCACGAGAGAAGUACCCUGGAGAUAUUAAUAGCGUUUGCUUGAAGCUGGAGAUAAUUGGCCGUCGUCACAAUGGGGUUACUACGAGUAGCAGUAGCAAAGAAGACGAUUGGAGAAAGAGCGGAAGCGUGGUUUUACUCCAACCUAAAAAGAAAGAUUCGAGAGAAAACGAGGGCGCUCUCGGGAUUGUCGUGGAUGUAUCGAACAUCAAAGGCGAAGAUAUUUCUAGUGCUAGGAACAAGUACGUGCACGUGCAAACAAAUAUUAAAACGGAGAACGUAGAAGAUCAAGUGAUUGUGAUUCCCCUCGGGAACGUCCUUACGCAAAAAAGAAUAGUCGCGGUUGCGGUUUCGCGACCAAAGAUUUCGUUCGAGGCGCAAGUUUUAGCCACGAAGAACGCGACGUAUACUCGUUUCAGCGACAGUGACGAUGAUUGCGAUGGUGACAUUAAGAGCAGCACAAAUUUGGUUGAAAGAAGUCAGAGAAAAAGUGCAGCAGCAAAGGAAGAAGUGAACGAUGGAUUGAACGAAUCGCAAAGGUUCGCGUUGGAGAGAUUUAUGAACGACAGGGGUCCCGGAUCUCGACUGAAAAUGGUCCAAGGACCUCCUGGAACGGGAAAGACGCACUUCUGCGCAAAGCUUCUACACGAGUUGACGUUUGAAACGCGAAAUCAACGUCAGCGCCUCUUGGUGUGUGCUCCGACAAACAAAGCAGUAAUCGUUUGCUUGGAAACAUUUCUUCGGAACAUUCCAAGAACGGAGGACCGAGAUAAAAUCGGAAAGAGCAUCGCUCUGUACGGCGUCGAAGACGCGCUAGAGAGUGCGGCGAAAGACGUAAACAUAAUAGACGAGUAUUACGUUUACCGUCGACUCGAUUCGUUGUGUGCCAAGUUGAAGAACCUUUCAUCUGACGGUACCGCUCGCAAGAAUGGCGGCAAACGAAGCAAAGCGGAUGUUAUGGCGGACUUGAAAAAUACGCGCGAGGAAAUGAAGCGCAUCGCCAAGUUUCUUUUGGAAAUGGGAUCAUACGUUUCUGAACUAUUGUUGAACCCGUGCGAUCGAAAGAAUGUAUCACAGAAUAUGGAGGUCGAAUCUACAGUAAAAGACUUUAUCGAGCGCAUCGAAGGGAAAACGAAGGCUGACAAUUUGAGAAAUCGAGACGUCCUCGCGAAAGCGGUGCUUUCAAACGCGCGCCUUUGUUUUUGUACUUUGGGUUCGUGCGGUGGUUUGUACCAUUCUGGUGCCGCCGAUUGCGACGUGUUGAUUGUCGACGAAGCUGCAAAUUGUUUGGAAGGAGAAAUUUUGUUAGCGUUUGCGAGGAAUCCGAAGCGAUGUUUACUCAUUGGAGAUCCGCAACAAUUGCCGGCGAUGUGCUUCAGCCGAGAUGUACAAAGAUUGGGAUACAAUAAAAGUCUGAUGGAACGCUUGUUCGCGUGCUACGGGGGUGAUCAGAACGAAGCGAUGUGUACUAUGCUUAAGACGCAGUAUCGGAUGCACCCAGAAAUUUGCGCGUGGCCUUCCGAGCGUUUCUACGGCGGUAAACUACAAAAUGCCGAGUGCGUUGAAAAUUCCAACAACACUAUGCCGUAUUCCAUCGUGAAUGUGCACUCCGGGAAACACCGCGUUUCGAGCAGUUCGAGCAUAAGUAACGAUCGCGAGGCUGAAAUCGCCGUCGAUUUGGUCUUAAAGCUCCGCAAGAAAGCGUUGAAAAUUGGAAUCAUAACAUUUUACACGGCUCAAGUAAGAUUAAUUGCGAAUUUAAUGCGCGCGAAAAAUGUUGUUCCCGCCGGUUCCGACGACGACGUGUUCGCAAGCACGGUCGAUUCAUUUCAAGGAAGCGAAGCAGAUGUUAUUAUUUUGAGUUGUGUUCGCACGAGUAAAACUUCCGCGGGUUUCUUGAGUGACAGUCGCAGACUCAACGUCAGUCUCACGCGAGCGAAGAAGAAGCUCAUAGUUUUGUGCAACGCCGACGCGCUCGCCGGAGGCGGCGAGACGCUCGAAAUGCUCGAUUUGAAGUCGCUCAUUGAAAACGCGAAAACGCGAAACGUGUUGUUUUCCGAGUCCGAGCCAAAGAUAUUAGACAUGGUAGCAGCCUUAUAA